AUACUUGAUUAGUCAAGCUUUAUUAAAGGAAACAUUCAUCCUGUGUCUUAGAGCCUUACAGUUUAUACUGUCUUUGAAGUGGAAGUGAUUGCCCCAUCACCGGCCCCCUUUAAUUUCUUUACAAGUGAUCAAAGCUUCUUCUGUGAGAGCAAUGAGGAGCAUCGUUUUGUCCAAUUGAUCCACAUGGUGGGACUACAAAGGGAAGGGGAUUAUGAUGUUAUAACUGUGGUUGUGAGUGUAAGGUGAGGUUAAAAUUUGUGGGGUGGGCGUGGGUUUCCCAAAUUUCCCUAGAGGAAUCAACAGUGGAGGACUCCCUCUUUGAAUCUGGUCUGCCCAAGCCCAACCCGUUCUUUGAGUAGUUGGGCUAACACAGUCUGACCUAAUUGAUAUUUGAUAUUUCCCUUUCUUAAGAGGGGGCAAUCUAGAACUUUAGUCUUGUCAAAAGACGAUAGAGAGAGAGAGAGAGAGGAGAGAGAUUGAAGUGGAAAUCCAUGAGCAUUUACGGUGGAGCAGCUUUAGUGAGAAAGAAGGAGAAGCUAGAGGAGCUGCAUCUGUAUAUUUACUUAGAAGAGCCAGGUGAGGUGAAGGAAUCAGUGAACAAAUAUAGCGCCAAGUCUCUUCGGAGUUUAGUUUGAAGAUAGAAGAACAAGGAUAUCCAAUCGCACACUAACAGAUUAUUAAUUCCUGAAAGAUGAGACCGAAGAUCGUUCUGUUUGGAGACUCCAUCACGGAAGAAUCCUUUGGCGAGGGAGGCUGGGGAGCUGCUCUUGCCAACAAUUUCUCUCGCACGGUUGACGUGGUGCUCCGAGGUUAUAGUGGGUACAACACCCGAUGGGCUCUGCACAUCGCGGAGAGGUUAUUCCCGGCAGCGGAAGUGGGAGAUGGUGGUGGUGCGCCUUUGGCGAUGACCGUUUUCUUCGGCGCCAACGAUGCUUCUCUUCCUGACAGAAGCAGUGCUUUCCAACAUGUGCCUCUCCAAGAAUACAAGCAAAAUCUCCAUUCUAUCAUCUCUUUUAUUAAGAAGCGAUGGCCUACCACUUUGGUACUCCUCAUCACUCCACCUCCCAUCGAUGAAGACGGACGCCUCAAACAUCCUUACGGAGAUAACCCCUCCGGUUUGCCUGAGAGAACGAACCAGGCUGCCGGCGCUUAUGCCAAAGCCUGCAUCGAGGUUGCCGGAGAAUGUGGAGUUGCUGUUAUUGAUCUCUGGUCCAAGAUGCAGCAGUUUCCUGGCUGGGAGAAGGCUUGUCUUAGAGAUGGGUUGCACCUCACCUCCAUUGGUAACAAACUUGUGUUUGAAGAGGUUGUGGAAAGGCUUAGUCAGGGCGGCUUGAGUCUUGAAACCCUACCUGUUGAUCUCCCCCUCUUGGCAGAUAUUGAUCCUCGUGAUCCUCUCAAAGCUUUUCAGGAUUGAUCACAUAUAUAUACAUACAUAUAAAGCUGCGGCUUCAAAGGUGAAUGAUGGCUUUGUUUUUUUUUUUUUUUUGGGUGGGGUGUUUGAUCUUAAUUAGUUACAGUUAGAACAAUAUCUCAGACAAAUGCAAAGUACUAUUAAUGUAAGGCCUCUGAUGGGUUGUUAGCCUAUUUUUUUGCAUGGGGAGGCUGUUGUUCUAAGCUAGAUGUAUGCUGUGUUUUUAUUUGACUAGUGCUGUUCUGUAAAUCACUGUUUCUCAUCAUCAGUUUCUUAGAACUUUGUUGUCAGCUUUGGUAAUUUCUUUCUUGUUCAA